AGUUAAGCUAGCAAGUAGUUGAGCAAGCAGCAGGCAGCACAACUUAACUGAAAAUGGAGCCGAGCAAAAUGGAGACUGCGAGCGCCGCCCCAGAAAGUCCCAGGGAGCACGGAUUCCAGAUCAGCUUCACAAACAUUGUCACCGCCCAGUCCGUCUCAUCAAAUAUUUCCGUGAAGCUAAACGAAACGCCCUGCUGGCUGUCCGCAAACGGACCGAUGAACAUGAUAGUGGUGAAAACGCCGCCGCCGAACACCUUCCUCCAGGCCAACCUGGUUCUCAUCAAGCAGAAAUUCCACCUCUGUACACCCGGAAUGCCAAAACCCUUAGGAACAACGGCAAUGACGAACGCCCAAUGUUUGCAGAAUGAAAUCGUCCCCUAUGAACCUUUCAAGGAGGGUUCCGAGACGACUAACUUCAUGUUCAGCUUCACGUGCGAAAUCCGCUCCAGGGGGGAACUGAUUUUGUUAGUGACUCUGGAGAACUCUGGAGGGGAGCUUUUUGGCCGUAUUUCUCUUACGGUGCGCCCUGAACUGGAUACAGAAGAGGUGGACUGAAAGCAUAGGACAGCAUACUUAAUGACUGGGAGGACUCAGGGCGCCGUUGAAGUUGUUGCAAAGCAUGUGUAAGGAGUUUCAUCCCCACACACACAAAAAAAAAGUUGGUGAAUAAGUUACAACAGUUGAAAUGUUUCUCUCCUGAACAAGUAUGAAAUAUUUUUGAAAUCAAAUUUAAAAUAUAUAUGAAUUACUAUCUUAAAAAGGUCAUGUUUAUAUUGUCAUGUUCAGAUGUUUUAUAUGCUGGUGUUUAUAGGAUGAAGCUGCAGAAGGGCUCAGGGUUUUAUUUAUUUAUGCUGCUUCAUAUUAGUUUUCUAUAGAAUUGUUAAGAUGGGAAGAGAAGAGAGGAAGUUGCAAUUUUA